UGCGAUUGCCUAUAAAGUAUAAACCCAACUAAAGCCAGUAAGCCACUAGCUAAGACUGAGAUGAUUGAAGAGAGCCGUUCUGAACCUUCUAUUAUCCUUCAUUCCGUCGUUCAAUCCGAAGCGAGGAAAACCAAGCAUGAACAGUGGUUUGUAGGGAUGCCUGCAAUAACCCCCAUGGCUUCAAGAGAAUAACAAUUCCUUCAGUUCCCAUCCUCCUUCUGUGCGAGACCACGUGUAUAUCCUCGCUCUUUGUGGUGAAACCCUAGAACACUGAGCUGUCUCGAGCCGUCGAAAAUGGAGUCGGGGUCGAACAACGAAGAACCGGCUUCAUGGGAUGAACUUUACAACGUAAAUUUGGUUCCGUCGGAGUUGUUUCUCAAGUUCCGGAAAGAAAUUGAGGGCAUCCGUCUUGGCCUUAAUCUGGAGUUCUACAAUGCUCCAACCAAUGAGUUCCAGGCAAAGCUGGUAUUAAAGCCAUUAGCGCCUGAGCGGAUGUGGAAGUUUAUAUAUGAGCCUAUACAUCAUGAUGUUCGCCUUCUCUCCAAAAAGAUACCAGUUACCAAAUUCCUAAAUCUUCAGAUUGGUAUAGGCCACAGUUUUCUGUUGCAUGCAACUGGUUGGAAAUGGAAGCUUUCUACAUGUUUUGGUGGAGAUGGUGUUUCACGAAUACAGAACAAGACAUCCAUCGGCUUGUUCCCAGGAAUGGAUUUGCGGUUUGGAUGGAGGGCAGAAUAUGUCCUUCCAGAGAUUCAUGGGGCUGUAGGCACUGGAGAGCCAUUGUUCAACCUGAAUUCAGGACGGCUGCAUGCAUCACUUGACAGGGUGGAGGCCGUUUUCACUCAUACUACGACUGUUUUGAGAGAACCAGAGGAUGCAAACACAGGGCGGAUCAGUUUAAUGGAACUGAAACUAGUUCAAGUAAAACCCAGAAUGCUUUAUGUACAUGUCAAUGGCGAUCCAGAAAUCAUUGCACAAUCUCUGUAGUGCUCGUCUCAUUUUAUGGAUCUUAUAAGAUGUGGUUAUGGAGAUCACUGGUGGGAUUGUACACGAGCCAAAGAGUGUUUAUUAAAAAUAUCCCUGUGGUCACUUGUUUUCUUCAAAUAGAUAGUAAACGGAUCUACCUCAUGUUAACUUCCUUUUCUAAGUUUUAAUUAAAUUAGUUGUAUUUGCUACCCCAUCAGCCUAGCUCCAUGGAACUCAAUUUUGAGUAUGAGCAUUAAAAUAGGAACCUGGUUUAUGGCAUGGAA